AAUGCGUUUACAUUUAAGAGGCAAUCUUAGCAGAGCGAACAGAAGAGACGUUACUAUAGAGAAGAGACAUCUGAAGUAAAGACUGAACCUACAAACUGCCUUUCAGCAGCUCAUUCUUCCAGCAGUGUUCUGCGUGUUUGUACUUUGGAGAUAGUCCCUAAUUUUUGCACCUGUUUCACAUGAGAAUGGCCUUUCAGUUCAACUUCUCGAUAGACACAGCAGAAAGCAAACCAGAGACUCUUGAAGAUGGAAAACCACGACAAGAAUUGGUACAGGAAUCUUUAAUCCUUCUGGACAGGCAAGAAAGCCUGGUAGAAAAGAGAAAUAACAUUUCCUCAGAAGAAAAUAUUUUUAAUGAGGAACUUUUAUCAGAAAUGCCUGCUCAGGUGGCAGAGCCCAGCUUUUUGAAUAAAAGCCAUGAGAAGUAUUCUAGUCCUGCAGCUGCCAAGGAACAUAAUGUCCCUGAAGAGAUCAGUAAAGUCUUAGAAAAUAAAGUUGUAGAGACACUACUGGGCCUGUGCCAUGUAAAUAUUUCUGUGGUAAAGGCAGAACUCCCAAAUUACUCCCAUGGAGAUAACAUAUUGACUAAAAGCAUUUCUUCUCACUCAGACCUAAUUACUGGUGUCUACGAAGGAGGUCUGAAAAUAUGGGAAUGCACAUUUGAUCUCGUGGACUAUUUUUCAGAAGCUGAAGUUCAGUUUGCGCAUAAGGUAGUUUUGGACCUGGGUUGUGGGGCUGGACUGCUGGGAAUCACUGCACUGAAAGGAAAUGCUGAAAGAGUGCACUUUCAGGACUAUAACAGCAUGGUGAUUGAAGAGAUAACUCUACCUAAUGUACUGGUAAACUGUGUGUGUCAGAAUGGUGAUCCUUCUCUAGAGCAGUGCCAGAAAAGAGACUUCAACCAAGACUUAAUUUCUAAGUGCAAGUUCUUUUCUGGGGAAUGGUCAGGAUUUAGUAACUUUUUACUAAAUAGCAAUACGCCCUUCGCAAAAUAUGAUCUCAUACUCACAUCAGAAACUAUUUACAAUCCUGAUUACUAUGAAGCUUUGCACGAUACCCUUUCAAAAUUGCUGAAAGCAAAUGGCUGCGUGUAUUUGGCUAGCAAAGCACAUUAUUUUGGGUGUGGAGGUGGUGUCCUGCCCUUUACAGAAUUCAUCAAAAAGAAAAAUGUGUUCAAUUCUAGAAGUGUUAAAAUUAUUGACAAGGGGUUGAAACGGGUUAUUAUUGAACUGGUGUUUAAGAAUCCCUGCUGAUAUAAUCUCAUCACACUGUGCAUUAAUAAAGAUGUCCUUGUUUUCUUUGUUCAC